GUUAAACCUCUGCUACAGAUGCUCGAACUUUCGUUUAGCUCCUCCAAACCGAGAUGGACUGGAAUGAAAGCGGCGGUGGUCACAGCCACACGCAUGACGGCUGUCACCACGGCCACUCUCACGGGCCUAGAGGAGCGGGCCUCGGUGGGAUGACCAACAUGUACAUGCCUGCGUACGGACAGAUGGGAAUAGGUUCGGAACCGGUCUUAGAUAUCAGUCAGCAGCCGAAGAAACGAUCCCAGAUGGAUGACAGCAGCAGCUGGGACAUUGUGAAGGCCACACAGUUUGGGAUCCUUGAACGCUGUAAGGAGCUGGUAGAGGCAGGAUAUGACGUCAGGCAGCCUGACAAAGAGAACGUCACUCUGCUGCACUGGGCGGCGAUCAACAAUCGCUUGGAGCUGGUCAAGUACUUUAUAUCCAAAGGAGCAAUCAUUGACCAGCUGGGAGGAGACCUGAACUCUACUCCACUCCACUGGGCCAUAAGACAGGGCCACCUUCCCAUGGUGAUCCAGUUGAUGAGAUACGGAGCAGACCCCUCCAUCACAGAUGGAGAGGGUUACCGCUCACUCCACCUCGCCAUCCUCUUCCAGCACAUGGCCAUUGCUGCUUAUCUUAUGGCGAAAGGAGAGGAAGUGGAUGUGCCUGACUGUAACGGACAGACACCUCUGAUGUUAGCAGCUCAGAAGAUCAUUGGGCCUGAGCCCACAAACUUCCUCAUCAAAAACAACGCCUCGGUUAGUGCUGUGGACAAAGUUAACAGGAACACGCCGCUGCAUUGCGCAGUGCUUGCGGGUAAUGUUGACGCUGCCCACGUCCUGUUGGAGGCAGGUGCAAGCGUGGACGCUGAAAACAUCAACGGUCACACACCCAUCGACUUGGCCCACCAAGUGAACAGCCCGCUGCUCAUUCGCAUACUAAAUAUCGUUAAACAGGAGAGGCUCCGCUCUAAUUCCCGCUGUCUACGCUUCAUUGUCAGAUACAAGGUUUUGGUGCAGUUCCUAUUUAGCACUGCCUUAUUCGGAUGUGUGGGAGCAAUAUUUGAUAUGAACUCAGAGUCCUGGUUACUCAAAAGUAUCCUGUUAGUCUGUGUGAUGGCUGUGAUUAACCUAGCCUCAAGGAAUUCUCCAAACCCUGAGUUUCAGUCGCUUCUUCUGCCUUCGGCACUGAUGGCAUCAGUGUUCUGGAUGCUCGUCACCUGGUGGCUCUGGUUCCUGCCAGAUCUACCCAGCACAACGGUUCAGGUACUGUUCAUUCUGAAUGCUACCGCUCUUCUCUACUACUUCCUUCGAACCUGCAGGACAGACCCUGGUUUCAUCAAAACUACAGAAGAACAGAAGAAAAUGGUGGGCAAGAACGUGGUGGCGAUGGCUGAGGCGGGCUGUUUGGACCCUAGAGUAUUUUGCACUUCCUGUAUGGUAAAGAAACCAUUGAGAGCGGCUCACUGCUUUAGCUGUGAUGCAUGCGUGGCAAAGCAAGACCACCAUUCUGAGUGGAUCAACACCUGCAUAGGAGCAAGGAACCACCGCUACUUCGUCCUUUUUCUGCUCGCCCUCUCGCUGCUGGGCAGCUCGAUGCUCUACGGUUGUUUUACAUACUGGAAAAGUCACUGUUUGCUGCAUUAUGAGGAUCAGGGUGUGUGGGGGGUCCUGUCUGCAGGCAUCAGCUGCUCCCCCUGGGUGCUCUUCAUCUUUGUGCUGUCUUUCUACCAUACCUGCUGGUCCACUUUGUUCCUGAUAGGGCAGCUUUACCAGAUUGCAUUCCUGGGAUUAACAUCUUCAGAGAGAACAAAUCGGAUCUUCCAACAAAGGAGAAUGAGACAAUCUGUGUCCUUGAGACAAAAUCCAUUCAACCUGGGCGUGGUGCAGAACCUGGUGACGUUCUUCCAGCUGCGCUGUUGUGGCCUCUGCAAGCCGACCGUCAUCGACUGGACGUCCCAGUUUCAGUCCCAGCGUGACCAGUACCUGUUGGAACAAAUGAACAUGAUCUGACCUCAUCCCCACCGCAAAAAUGUCCGUGUGGGACCGCUCCUGGACCAAAAGCACAGAAUGUAUUUAUGUACUUGUCCAUCCUUUUGCUCAUUUGUAAAGAGAGACUUAAUAAUAGUAGAGGUU